GAAGCACAAGGUAAGAGCUCGGGAUUGAGGUCAAAAGCGGCAAUAGAAAUGUGGUUUAAAAUCACUCAGCAGUGAUUGGCCAAAGGGCCCACCUUUUUGCUCCGGCCGCUUCGACACAAUAACCGAGGGAUUGAAGCAAACUUCCAUGAUGUCUUCCACUACACUCUGAACCGCCACCAAGGAUAAUACUACGGUGAAUCGCAGCUUUCCCACACCGCGCCCCGCCAAUUCGUUGGAAUCGCUCAUCUUCCACUCGGUGUGUCAACAAUCAAUUCAUUCAUCUCCAUUUCCUGUCCAGCAGCACACGAAAACCAACCGCCAUAAUGGCAUCUCUCCGCUCUUCCACCCGCGUCUUGGGCUCGGCCACCAAGGCUGCUUUCCGCCCUGCCGUCACUAUUCCUCGCCGUGGCCUGGCUACCCCUAGCGAUCAAGUGCCUGCGACAAAGGAGCCCAAGAUGAAGAAGUUCACCAUCUACCGCUGGAACCCCGACACGCCGACCGAGAAGCCCAAGAUGCAGGAGUACACGCUGGACCUGAACAAGACCGGACCCAUGAUGCUGGAUGCAUUGAUUCGAAUCAAGAACGAGCUGGACCCUACCCUUACCUUCCGCAGAAGUUGCAGAGAGGGUAUUUGCGGGAGCUGCGCCAUGAACAUUAACGGCCAGAACACGCUCGCUUGCCUUUGCCGUAUCCCUUCAGAGAACGCUUCAGACGUCAAGGUCUACCCUUUGCCUCACACCUACGUCGUCAAGGACUUGGUGCCGGACUUGACCCAGUUCUACAAGCAAUACCGCUCAAUCAAGCCCUACCUCCAGAGAGACACUCCUGCCCCUGAUGGCAAGGAAUACCGCCAGAGCGUCGCCGACCGAAAGAAGUUGAGCGGUCUGUACGAGUGCAUUCUUUGCGCCUGCUGCUCAACCUCGUGCCCGUCCUACUGGUGGAACUCUGAGGAGUACCUGGGGCCCGCCAUCCUCCUCCAGUCCUACCGCUGGCUCGCCGACUCUCGCGAUCAGAAGAAGGCCGAGCGCAAGGCUGCACUCGACAACUCGAUGAGCUUGUACCGUUGCCACACGAUUCUUAACUGCACACGUGCCUGCCCCAAGGGCCUGAACCCCGGCAAGGCUAUUGCCGAGAUCAAGAAGCAGAUGGCUUUUUGAGAAGCUAUAGAAGCUGCGGGGUCUACGUUUGGAGUCAUAAUCUUGGGCGGCGCGAUAUUGGCUGUAUACUAGGUAGUGUGUACUUUAUGAGCAUGGCUGGAGUUUGAACUCCUUGGACACACUAAAAGGGGACUUUGAAUUCAGGCUUUCUUUUGUUUUCGUUAGCCCGCAGUAACUCAUAGGAGUUUGGCCCUGUGUCUGAAAGUGCCUGAGCGAUGAGAUGGGAGGCCAGGCCUAUGCCCGAGACUGGCGCGGCACGUUUAGGAACGAGCCGAUUGAAGAGGACGCAGAGGUCGCGAUACUAGUGAGUCGCCACGGGCGAAUUGUUUGUGCAACGGGGUGGCUUUACCAUACCAGAUACCUAGAGUAACCCUAAAUUACUAUUUUCAACACUUC